AUGAAACCACAGCGCGAGCUUUUACCGGCGGGCCCAACAGCAGCCAGCAGCGCCUCGUCGGAGCGGGAGACGACCCCGCAGUCUGCCUCUGGUACCACGGCUUCUGCACCAAGACGACGUCCCCAGACAAAAAUUGCCUGCACCUCAUGUCGCCGCAGGAAAUCAAAAUGCGAUGGCCAACGUCCUGUGUGCUCCUUGUGCGCGGGAAUGGGUCGUACCCGUUGCGAGUACGAUGCCGGUCCCGACGUCACACGCUUUGCUGCCCUGAAAACAAAACAUGAGGAGCUGCAACGCCGUCUUUCUCUCUUUGAAGAACUCUUCCGCCUCUUGUCCAUGCGCUCCGAGCCGGAAUCCGUCGAAAUCAUUAGGCGGAUGCGGACUUUGGACAUAGAAACUGACCUGGACGACCUGGUCAAGUUCAUCAAAAACGCCGAUCUGCUCAUCCAGCUAGCUUCUGCACAAGCUGAGCCCCCUGCAUCGGGGGCACCAGGUUCUGGCACGAAACACCCAGAACCUCCCGCAGAAGAUCUUUCCUCCCUACUUGAGCUAUUAAAAUCGGCAGUUUCCAAACUCGACGCAACGGCUCGCUUGGCCUUUCUUGACACGAUAAGACUUCAUAUUGAAGCCUUUAUCUCUACUGGGCGUAGUCAGUCUGGCCCCGCUGAGUCGAUCAAGAUGGAGGGGUUGGUGGACGGGGUCACGGAUGCUGCCGUGGAUGGAGAACUGCAGGAUGGCGCGGAUGGCGCGCACCACCAUGAAUCAGGGGUUUCCCUAAAGCGACUACUAAACGACGAUACGACGAAACCGAGAUGA